AUGUGGAACGUCAAGUCAGAGAAGAAGCCUUAUUUUGGCUUUACGGGGAUGACACUCAACGCUUGGGUCAAUAUCGCGUGCAUCACGGCUAUGACGCUUUUUGGAUAUGAUCAAGGCGUAUUUGGCGGGAUCAUCGUCACGGAUGAUUUCUUGAAACAGAUGGGCUACCCCAACUCGAGCCUCCAAGGCACAAUUGUGUCUCUGUAUGAUAUUGGAUGUUUUUUCGGUGCCAUGGGUUCGUUCGUUAUUGGCGAGAAGUUUGGGCGGAAGAAGAUGCUCAUGUUUGGAGUCAUCGUGAUGUCCAUUGGAGCCAUCAUACAAACCGCGUCGUAUAAUGUACCUACAAUCAUUGUUUCUCGCAUCAUAACUGGCAUAGGCAAUGGCAUUAACACGGCCUCAGCCCCAGUCUGGCAAAGCGAGACCACCAAGCCCUCACUUCGCGGAAAGGUUAUCGUUCUUGGAAUGAUCAUGAACAUUGCGGGAUACGCGAUCAGCAACUGGAUGACGUUCGGACUGAGCUAUGUCAAAGGGAGCGUCAGCUGGAGGUUCCCACUUGCUUUUCAGCUUGUCUUUUCCGCCAUCAUGCUUUGCACCGUUCCGUGGCUUCCCGAGAGUCCCCGUUGGCUUCUCGCUCAUGGGCGUGAGGCAGAGGGUAUGUCAAUCCUCGUCGCACUUGAAGGAGAGCACGCCAAGUCGACAGACGCUGUCAUUAUGGCACAAAAGGCGGAGAUUCUGGAGGCAGUUCGCAUCGAAAGAGAGACCUCUCCUAGCUUGUCGGAUCUCUUGCAUGGGCGCACUGGCGAGACUGGUAUGGUGAAGCGUAUGGGCCUCGGCGCCGGGACGCAAUGGAUGCAGCAGUUGUCCGGGAUCAAUGUCACCAGCUACUAUCUUCCUCUGGUCUUACAGAACUCCGUCGGUCUAUCGAACCGUCUUUCUCGACUCCUCGCUGCCUGCAAUGCCAUCUCGUACCUCGUCUUCUCCUUCGCUGGCCUUCACCUUAUCGAACAAGCCGGUCGGAGAAAACUCUUGAUGUGGGGUGCGGCAGGUCAGGCUGUAUGUUACAUCUUCAUUACAGCUUUGCUCUCCCGCGGCAGGCCGAACUAUGGUGCCGCCGCGACCACUUUUUUCUUCAUGUACUACAUCUUCUUCGGGAUCUGUUGGCAGGGCAUUCCUUGGCUCUACCCCGUGGAAAUCAAUUCCCUAUCAAUGCGGACAAUGGGCGCGGCAUUGGCCACGGGGAGCAAUUGGAUAUCCAACUAUUGCGUCGUACAAGCUACGCCUCCAGGCAUUCAGAACCUCGGCUGGAAGUUCUACCUUAUCUGGAUGACGUUUAAUAUCAUGAUUAUUCCUGUUGUAUACCUCUUUUAUCCUGAGACUUCGAAUAGGCAUCUAGAGGAUAUAGAUCGUUUGUAUAGAGAGCACAGGGGAAUGGUUUUUGCCUUCCGACAUAAGGAGGCUGUUCAGAUGGAACGACCGGAGCGAUACUUGCUAGCAGAUGAAGAGAGGGUAUCUCAGGUGAAGAAGGAUUUUGUUGACGGAGGAAGUAUCAACCAAGUGAAGAACGUUGAGCAUGAGGUGGAUGCGUAA